AUUUGGUAAUAUCCACUAUUAAAGAUGAAAAGUCUCUUAGCAAUCAGGGUACCACAUUCACCAACAAUUCUCGUUCGUCUUUUGAUGGCUCAUCACACAGAGGACAAUUGGGUUUGGUAAUAUCAGAUGCACAUGUCAACUCUUCAUUUUCGUCAAUGCAACCAAACGAGUCAUUGAUUGCUUUAGAAGAAACUACGAAUGCAUCUUUUGAAGGAAGUAAUGAUUUUCAAAAACCAGUUUCUGUAAAUGAGGUAAAUGAAACAUUUUCAUCUUCUUUGAAAGGUGGUUUAUUGUCAACUAAUACAAAAGAAGGUAAUUCACAAGUUUCAUCGGCGGUUGAAGAUGUAUUACUAGAUUCAAAUAGAACCUCUGUAUUUUCUGAUACAAUAUCUGAGUCUACAUUUUUCUCACACAUUUCUCCAAUUAUUUCCGGUGAAUCAGUUUUGACAUUAAAUGUAACAAAUAAAUCAGUUCAAGACGGAAGUACUAUUAUGUCGUCCUCAAUGAAAGACGUUGACUUAUCGGAAUCUGCUAAGACUUCGCCGAAAAUCAGACAAUUGGGCACAAGAGAUGUCGGUUUGCCUUCUGGAACUAGAAUGGUUACCUUUGAAUCGAUUAGUAAUGAUAUAUCAGAGACAGCUGAAACGGAUUUCCAACAGAAUUCCUCAACUCUCAAACAACAAGAACAAAUUCCACCUAACGUAAUAAACUCUUCAACCAUUUUUAAUAUAGACUUUGAUAAAACAAAUGACACAAUGAAUGAUAUGUCUUCCCUUGAUUCUAAGUUAGUCGUAGUAAAUUCCGUUUCCACGGGCACUAUUACUAAGAAGACAGAUAAUUCUAUGUCUGCUGUAGUUGUUGAUCUUGUGCCAUCAUCGAAAUUGGAAAAAGAAAAGACUCCCGUCUUAGUUGUUUCUCCUGAAUUUUCUUUUCCUGUUGUUGAAACUGCAAAAGCCAAGCAUGGCAGUCCUAUAAACGUUCCUGAACCACCUUCUUCUGAUAUUCUUUCUUUUGACAGACCUUCAACAGUGCAUUCUAAUACGCAUGAUGUGCCUUCAAAUACUCUCUUAACUGGUUCAACUGUGGCUACGAACUCAUUGGUGGAUUCUUCUGUUUCAAGCAUGCCUAACAUUUUGUCAAUGGACACAUUAGAUGCUACAAAUACAAUAUCAGAUUCAUCUAUUUCAGCCAUCCAAGGUGACGCCAAUGCUGAUUCAACGAUGGCAGUAGAAAGUUCAUCUGCUGGUUUUACUGGAAGCACGAAAAUAUCAGAAAUAACUGUAUUUCCAGGUACUCUAAAUAACUCUUUUUUGCCAGCUUCUAGUGUUUCUGCAGUAGAUACACCAUUUGAUAUAUUUCCAGGUGAAUUAGUUGCUGAUUCAACAAGCACCAAAACAUCAAAUGAAACACUUUCAACGAACUCUUCAGUAAUUUCAGAAAUGGAUGCUUCAUUGUUAGGCUUUUCCGAAAACAUGUCAAUGGACAAUGGUAGUUUUUUUAAUGGUGACGCAUUCAAUAUUGACUCAACUGUAAGUGUUUUCCCAGGAAAUGCAUUUGAUUCACAAGGUACGCCCGGUUCAUUUAGUUCAUCUAUUGCAAACGACAUCAAUGCAAUUACAUCAGUCACUAAAAGUUCUACUGCUUCUUCAAACAGUGCCAUUACUGACAGUACCUCAUUUACACAAGACGGUUCCGGUAGUGAUCUACCUGUUUUGUCUGUGAUUCCACCUGUUACAGAUGUAUCACAGUUUGGAACUAUCGACACUUUGUCGACACAAAAGUUGCCUACAACUGAAAGUCAAGUUGUUUCAGUCAUAGCUGUUGAAACUCCAGUGCGAUCUUCAUUUUCUGAUUCAAAUAGUUUGAAUGUACAGUCUCUAAGAGAGGAAACAGUCCCAGCGGAGACCAGAAUAACAAAUAUUAAAUUUUCAGAUAUAACAGAUAUCGACCCAAUGACAUUUGAUCCAACAUUUCCAUCAUUCUCAGAAAGUGGAACAGACUUGACAUCCUUUGCUGAAAGUGGAACAGACUUGACAUCCUUUGCUGAAAGUGGAACAGACUUGACAUCCUUUGCUGAAAGUGGAACAGACUUGACAUCCUUUGCUGAAAGUGGAACAGACUUGACAUCCUUUGCUGAAAGUAGAACAGUAAAUCAAAUAAUACCAAAUGAAUCAUCGCUGUCUGCACGAGUAACCAAUGCUGUUUCUUCAAUUAGUUCAUCAGUAAAUGCAGGAAAUAUUCGUUCAGUCACUUCAGAAGCCAUAUCUCCAGUUUUAUUUUCGUUAACAGUGAAUGGAGAGGAACCCGGAUUAGCACCAGGUGAAAUACCCCCUCCACCUCCAGUAUUUCCCGCUAAAGAUAUAAACAAUAUUCCAGCAUCUGCUGAUGCAGAACUGUUUCCACCGUUUGACCUUGAAACAGGAUCGUCUUUUUCUGAAGGUAUUCCACCCGUUCCCGCUGCUGACAUGAUGGGAUCCAGUCAAAAUUCCAGGAGAGUGAAUUCCGGAUCAACAGUAGAAGUUACAGUGGUUGAACCUAGUUCAACAACUACAGAAAUUAAACCAGCUGUUUCCUCAUUUCCAGGUUUAAAUUCAGCUGAUGUUGCACCACCAAAAACAGGAAACAUGGCAGCUCCAGUAAUGACCAAACCUAUAGAAGCACCAACAUUUUCCGAAUUUCCUAAUACAAAUCUCGAGUCAGGUAUGUCCAGCUUUCCUGAAGCAGAUACAUUUCCUGGAGCAGGUACGUCCGGUUUUCCUGGAGCAGGUACGUCCAGCUUUCCUGGAGCAGGUACGUCCAGUUUUCCUGGAGUCGGUACAGAAGUAACAUCAAGUUUCCCUGGAAUGGGAAAUGAUGUUGGAUCUCAAAAGGCGAGUCUCUCAAUGUCUGGAUCAGAAGUGCAGUCUGUUGCAUCCAGUUUUCCUGGAACCGACGUUAGGUCUGAAGUGACCAGUUCUCCGGGAUCACAUUUUAUAUCUGCAGCGACUGGUGAUCAAACAACUGAAACUUCAUCUGGAAUGGCUGUAUUUCCAGGAACUGGAUCUAGUAUGUCUAGUUUCCCAGGAAAGGGCACUGAAAUGUCUUCAACAGUUUUUAGAUCCAAAGGAUUAACAGCAGAAGCAACAUCCGGGGUAGAGGGUUUUGUAGGAUCAGGAUCUCCAGUAUCCGGUGUUCGAGGGACAGAUAUGUCAUCCAGUAUUGGUGGGGUGCCAAGUAAGUCAUGAAGUUGAACUAUGGGAACGAUAGGUCUUUGAAUGACUAGUUAUAGAAGAUACAAGGGAUAUUGACUACUAUACUUACAGAAUUCUGUCUCCUUUUUAUAUCAACAGAACUAAUGUGUGUUGGUAAAAAGACAUUAAACAUAUAUGAAAUACAUAUGAAAAAGCUACAAAAGUAUAUAUCUCAAUAAAUUAGAUACACAGUGAUUGAUGGUUUGUUUUAAAAAGAACCAAACACAAUGUACAUUUCAAUAAGAUGAUAAAAGUUAAAAAAAAAUAUAAUUACUAGUAGUAUAAUUAAUAUAAUUAAUUUUUUGUAUAUAUUCAUGUGUUGCAAUUGCUGACUGGUCUUACCGACUUGAGUGUCACAGUAAAUACAUCGUGGUAAUGUGCUUAUUUUAUAAACUAUAAUUUUUAUAUGCAUCUUAAUAGAAAUUGUCAUCAGCACCAAUGGCUGGAGUCAUUAACAUAUGUAGGAAGUUUUGUUUAUUAUGCAUACUUUUUCUGAAGAGUCACAUUUUAACGUGAUAUAUUUCAUAUGUCACGCUGUUGGUUACAUUGUUAAUCGUUAAUGUAUAUUUGUAAAAUAAAAUAUUUUUUUGGAAAA